AUGCUGAGCCCUCACUCCCUGCUGGAGCAGGACCUCUCCUGCCCUGUGUGCACGGACAUCUUCCAGGACCCCAUGGUGCUGAAAUGCAGCCACAGCUUCUGCAGGGCGUGCCUGGCCCAGCACUGGCUCUCCAGCGGCCUGCAGGACUGCCCCGUGUGCCGGACCGUGUCGGCGGAGGCGCCCGUGCUCAACCUGACCCUCCGGAACACCUGCGAGUCCUACCUGAGGGAGAGGGAACGGCGGGGGGGGGGCCGUCCCUGCUCCAGCCACGGGGAAAGCCUCAAGCUCUUCUGCCUGCAGGACAGUCAGCUCAUCUGCGUGGACUGCCUGACCCAGCAGCACCAGAACCACAGCUUCUGCCCGCUGGAGGAGGUGCUGCCACGCUGCAAGGCCGAACUCCAGGAGCUGCAGGCGGCCCUGAAGGAGAAACUGUCCACCUACAAGGCUGUGAAGCUGAACUACGCGCAGACGGCCCAGUACGUCAAGAUACAGACCCAGCACACAGAGAGGCAGAUCCGGGAGCAGUUUGAGAAACUCCACCAGUUUCUGCGCGAGGAAGAGGAGGCCAGGAUCUCUGCACUGAAGGAGGAAGAGGAGCAGAAGAGUCAGUUGAUAAAGGAGAAGUUAGAAAAGAUAAAAAGAGAGAUUUGCUCUCUUUCUGACCUGGUUAAAGCCACAGAACGGGAACUGAAAGCUGAAGACAUCGCUUUACUGGACAACUUCAGUGAUACAAUAAAAAGGAUCUCCAGCACACCGCAGGAACCUGACCUGUCCCCAGGGGGCCUGAUCGACGUGGCCAAACACCUGGGCAACCUCAAGUUCAGGGUCUGGGAGAAGAUGCUGGGGACUAUUCAGCACACCCCGGUGACCCUUGACCCCAACACGGCAGCUCCCUGGCAGAUCCUGUCGGAGGACCUGACCAGCGUGAGGUACAGGAAGGUCCAGCAGCUGCCCGGUAACCCCGAACGCUUCUCCAACUCGGAGACGGUGCUGGGCUCGCAGGGCCUCGGCUCGGGCCGGCACAGCUGGGAGGUGGAGGUGGGCGCCAACACGGACUGGGCCCUGGGCGUGGCGUCCGGGUCCCUGGAGCGGAAGGACGACGUGGCGCUCCGCCCCCAGGAGGGGCUGUGGAGCAUCGGGCUGUUUUUGGGGCAGUACGCCGCCGGCACGACCCCCGCCACCCCCCUCGCAGUGCAGACGGGGGCGCUGCAGAGGGUGAGGGUGGAGCUGGACUGGGACGAGGGACGGGUCAGCUUCUCCAACGCCGCGGACGGGGCGACUCUCUACACCUUCACGGAGCGCUUCACCGAGAGGGUGUUCCCCUACUUCCUCACGGUCUGCAGGCACCACGGCCUGCGGGUCCUCCCCGCCAAGGUGUCUGUAAAGGUGGAGCCGCACUCGUGAGAAACUCUGCGGACGCUCCGGCUUUUAAACAGGUGGAACGCCCUGGAGUCAGAAUGUAAAAGUCCGGCCCUGUAGUGUAGUGGUUAAGGUACAUGACCCGCAAGGACGCUUAACCCUUAACCCUGCAUUGCUCCAGGGGGGAAUGUCUCCUGCUUAGUCUGAAAUCAACAGUAAGUUGCUUUGGAUAAAAGCGUCUGCCAAAUGACACGUAAAGUAAUGUUUCUUCCACCCUUAAACUCAGCUGGCUGAUUUUAUUGUGCAUUGCUACCCCCUGGCUGAAGAAUUGUGCUAAUUCUGCAAAAAGUAGUGGGGAGGACUUUUUACUUUCUGAACCUGGAUUUUCCAGUUCUGCUUUUAAAAUUGUGUGGCAUUGCUUGCACGUCUUUUUUAUCAUUAAAUUUUACUAUAUGCAUAAUUAUGUAAGAGUAAAAUAAGCACAACAGAUUUAUCACUUACUCGUUUACUGUUAAAUGUACAGUACAUUUUUACAGUACAGUAGAUCUGAUGUCUUGAAAAUUACAAAUAGGAAUGAAGUAAAGACAAAGAAAAAAUGAUUGCUGAGAAGGUCGUCUUGAAAUGAUCUGACAGUGUUUACACUGUAAUAAGAAUGUUCUUAGCGGUCAAAGGUUUAAGGUUUGCAGAAUGUACUGUAUGAUUACAUGCCUAAUUGCCUGGGUAUUGACUGAAAUAAGGGUUUCACUUGAUCUUCUGCAGCCAUUACAGGGUAGUAUGACAGCUAAGGAGCUGGGCUUGUUACCCGGGGGCUGCAGGUUUAAUUCCAUGUGGGUCAUGGGCCAGUGGUAGUAUGAAUGGAUUGUAUGUAAAAAUGCCAACUAGUGUAAGCCUCUGGUCUUGAUCUCAACAACCGCUAUGCUGAAACUUAAAGUCCAAGAGACAUUAAGCAAGAAUAAAAAGCAUAAUAUUAAUGACAAUAUGGUCACUGCAACCUGUUUUUGUCACCCAGCGCAAAUGAAACGACGCCAAGGAGAACGUCAAGGAGACCUAUUUGGACCUACACUCAGUGAACACUUUAUUAAGUAUUUAUUAGACUUAACAAAGUCAAAAAAAGAGAUCACAACAAUGAAAAUAUCCUACAGGGCAUUUGGCUUUUUAAAAGUUUAUUUCCUUAAGUUCAUUUAAUUUUAUACUGGUGAUAAGUCAAUUAUUGAAAAGCAGUGUGAUUCUACACUCAGUGAGCACUUUAUUAGGUAUUUAUUAGACUGCUGUAGUCUAUCCACUUUUUGACAUGUUGUGUGUUCAGAGAUCUUCUGCAUACCACAGUUGGAAUGUGUGGUUAUUUAUGUUACUGUCACCUUCCUGUCAGUUUGGACCAGUCCGCCCAUUCUCCUCUGACCUUUUUCAUUAACAAGGCAUUUUUGCCUGCAGAACUGUUGCUUAGUGGUUGUUGUUUUUCUCAAACCACCCUGUCUGCAACAAUCACUCCAAGUCACAUUUCCCUAUUCCCGUCCAUAUUCUGAUAUUAGGUCUGAAAAACAUACCAUAUCUGCAUGCUUAUUCAUUUAGUUUCUGCCACGGCUGAUUCAAUAUUUGCAUUAACAUGCUGGUGUACAGGUAUCCAU